AUGAGAGCCUUAAGACUGAAUUCUUUGAGACCAAGAAUUUUGAGGAAUCAUGGCGGAUUAUCUUCACGAUCGGUGGCUCAAUGCUACCACCCCUUCGACAUUACCAAUGAAAUCGAUUCCAAUCUCGGGCUCAAUGAUCUCCACCCAACCCCCUCACAGCUGCUUCGGGCCGCAAUUUUAGGGUCAAGUGAUCUAAAUACAGGCGGAAAUCACGGUGGCACUGCAAUUCAGCGAGCUCUGGAGAUACUUGAUCAAGAAUGGGAGUUUGCUAGUCCCCCUCCAUCUUUAUGGCUAGCUCUCAAAGGAGUCCCGAUAAUGAAUAAUCGGGAAGGUGACUUGGUCUGGCUUGACAAUGCAUCUGACUUAUCGGAAAUAAGAAUAAUUCUUGAGAGGGUGCUUGACAAGCUUGGGGCUAGAGAGCUUCACGCAAGGCAUUUUAACUCACUCAAAUUGGCGUUACGGCGUUGUGAAUCUCACAGCACUUACUCAGAGAUUACUGGACUCGUGAAUGACAUUCUUGUACGAUUCGAGAAGCUCGACCUACCUGGCUGUCAUUACAUCGCUCAAUUGGGUGUCUACUAUGCUGCGUUGAAUCUCUCGGUCCCGGCCCUACGCCGAUUUAUCGCUGUGUGGGACACGAAAAAGAGUUCUAGCGUACGCGAGGAUGCACACGUUAUAACUAAAGCAUUAUCAGCGGCAGUUGAUUCGGCAUUUCAUGAGAAUCCUCAUUUCAAUACUUUCACAUUACUCUCCGCGAUCACAUCAGAAGAAACGCUUCAUGAGUCAGCCAGAUUGCAGGGAUUGCAUCGAUUCUUGUACCCCGCAGCUCUUCAAAGCCAUGAUAACUUUUGCUCUGAACUACGACUUCUCGCAAAAUUGGGCAGUGAUCGAUCGCUAAGAGAUAUGUGGCUUGUCAUUUUGAAGAAAUUCGAGUUCCACGAUGCUCAGACAUGCCACUCUGCUUAUAGUGUCGCUGUGACCUUGGUCCGAUUUGGCCGUUCAGAAAUGGCUUUGGAUCUCCUGGAAGCCUUUUCGAACAAAUUGAACGGCAGGCUGCCCAACAUUGAGUCGUUUAAUAACUUCCAGCUCUUAAUCGACGAUCAUAUUAUCAGUCAAUCACUCACGAAUCUGGUUGAUGAUGAAACCUAUAAGACCUUGAUGGAUACGAGCACGGCCAGCAUGGAGCAAAGAAUGGGCGGUGAUGUGAACCAGCUUUAUCCAGAGAUCCAGGCCAACGGAUGUUCCAAGUCUUACGAAAAUCUAAGUCAAAUUGUUUCACUAUUAAACAAUGUGGAUGGCGAUUUGCUUGACGUAACCGUGCAACCUAACCUAAACGAAGAGCAGUGGGAAUUGUUCCACCCAAAACUCGAAGGAGUGGAAUUUCGAUGGUGUCCUCAACAGUCUCCCAUCAACUUUUCAGACUCCACACUUCCAAGCCUAGAAGAGCAGUCUGAGGCAUGGUCUCCGGCCUCCCUCGGAUUGAUGCGUGCUCGCUCUUGGGCCCACGGCAUACCUCAGGCGGGGGCCAACAGCUUGCAUUUGAUGCAGCUGGGUUACCUGGAAAUGCGACGUGGUGAGGAUGAUCCAUGGAAUCCAUCCGGGUAUAUCGUGGCAUGGGAUCGUCAAUAUGGUGAAAUGGUGGCUCUUUAUGUUGGGGAAUUCUCUGGGGCCAUUGACUGUGGUCCAACUCCGUCUGACGCCCCCUUCGGUACUUUAAUGUAUAUUCGGCCUUCCGACAUGCCCGAUAUGCUUCCUUUGUUCCCUGAUCGUUACCCUCUGGGCUUCCUGGAUCACUACUAUCUGGAUAUAGAUCCUAGUGCCGAUCUGGGCCCGUGA